AUGGUUCAUUUUCUUUGGUUCUUUUUUCUUUCGAUUCUUGUUUUUCGUUCGGGUCUUAAAUUUACUUCUCCUUUAUUAUUUCAUCUUUUGUUCUUUCUUUCUUUCUUUCUUUCUUUCUUUCUUUCUUUCUUUCUUUCAAUUUCUUUCUUUCUUUCUUUCUUUCCUUCUUUCUUUCUUUCUUUCUUUCUUUCUUUCUGUUCUCUUUCUUAUGAAUUUUCUUUCUUUGCCUAUUCGUAUCGUUCUUUCUUUCUUUCUUUCUUUCUUUCUUUUCCUAUAAUCUCUACAACAUUUGUUUAUUUCUUCCUUCAUAUCUUUUCUUUUCUACAUUUAAUCAUUUUACAUUCGUCUGUCUAUUUUCAUAAAACAUUUUCCUUCCUUCCUUCCUUCCUUCCUUCCUUCCAUUUUGUUUUUCUUCUUUCGACUCAAUACGUUUUUCAAUAUUUUGGUUCUUUUUUUUGCACUUCUUUCUUUUCUUUCUUUCUUUCUUUCUUUCUUUCUUUCUUUCUUUCGUAUUGUUCGUUCUUUCUUUUUUCUUUCAUUUUUCUUUCUUUCUUUCUUUUACUUUCUUUUUCUUCCAUUUUCUUUCUUUCUUUUUUCUUCCAUUUUCUUUCUUUUACUUCUUUUGUCUCUCUCUCUUUCUUUCUUUCUUUGCCUAUUCGUAUUGUUCGUUCUCUCUCUUUUCUUUCAUUUUUCUUUACUAAUAGUUUUCCAUGCAUGGAUGAUCUAUCUAUCUAUCUAUCUAUCUAUCUAUCUAUCUAUCUAUCUAUCUAUCUAUCUAUCUAUCUAUCUAUCACCCUCUUUAUUAUCUAUCUAUCUAUCUAUCUAUCUAUCUAUCUAUCUAUCUAUCUAUCUAUCUAUCUCACUUUGUUCAUAUCUAUGUCUGUUCAUGAUCAUCUCUCUAUCUAUCUGUUCAUAUCUAUAUAUCUAUUUACCUAUCUAUCCCAGUCUGUUCAUAUCUAUCUUUGUUGGAAGCGCGUUUCUCUGCGUUGCCUUUCUUCUUCUUCUUCUUCUUCUUCUUCUUCUUCUUCUUCUUCUAUAACGCUAUAUUUGUCCUUCUUUUUUUCUUUCAUGGCUUUAUUCACGACUUUUCCGCCAUUUUUUCUCUGGUAUGAUAUAUACCCCAUUCCGAUGAUUGUUCACGUCACCCUUUCUCCUCAUUUGUUGUUUCAUUUCAUUUUUAUCCUUUCGUUAAUUUCCUUUUUAUAUAUUCUCAUGGUCGCUUUCCUGUGUCACUUCGUGCUCUUAUACUUGUUCUUCUUCUUCCCCUCCUCCUCCUCCUUCUUCUUCUUCGUCUACCCCUCCUCCUCCUCAUUAUUAUUAUUCUUCUACCCCUCCUCCUCCUACCUUUUCUUCUUCUACCCCUCCUCCUUCUUCUUAUUCCAGUCCUCCUCCUCCUUAUUCUUCUUCUACCCCUCCUCCUCCUUCUUCUUCUACACCUCCUCCUCCUUCUUCUACCCCUCCUCCUCCUCCUUCUACUUCUUCUCGCUACCCCUUCUUCUUCUGUUCCACCUCCUCCUCAUUUCACACUUCCUUUUCCUCCUCCCCCUCCUUUCAUUCUCUUUUUCUUCUUGCUUUUGUUCUCGAUUUUCUUUUUCUACUCCCAAGCCUCUACACUGUGAUCUGCUUCCUUUUUCUUCUUCAUUCCCCCGUCUAUACGGCUUUCUGUUUCCUUCUCGAUUUUCUUUUUCUUCUACGUUUCUUCAUUUUCUCUUCGUUUUUUUUUCGUUCGCGCCGCUUCCCUUUUUUAACCCUCUGUCUUUUUUCUUUUCCAUUUUCUUCUUCUUAUUCCACGCACCUCCUCCCGCUCCUCCUCCCGCUCCUCCUCCCGCUCCGCCUCCCGCUCCGCCUCCUCUCGAUCCCUCUCCCACUCCUUCAAUUCCUCCUCCUCCUCCUAAUCCCGCUUUUUUCCUUUCAGCUUUCCUUCUAUACAUCAUCGUUUUUCUUUUCUCCAUUUUUGUUUUACAGCCUCUUCCAUUUUUCUCCUUCGUUUUCUUCUUCUACGUCUCUUUCAUUUUAGUUCUUUUUCCUUUUGUUAAUUUGCUUAAUUAUUCUCAUGUAGCCAUUUUCCUUCCUUUUUUAUUUUUUAUUAUAUUUUUUCUUUUCAUGUCUAAUUUCUUCAUUAAUUAUUUUCUUUUUUGCUUUUUCUUUAUACUUCAUUCUAAUUCUCCUAGCGUUUCUCUGCGUUGCCUUUCUUCUUCUUCUUCUUCUUCUUCUUCUUCUUCUUCUUCUUCUUCUAUAACGCUAUAUUUGUCCUUCUUUUUUUCUUUCAUGGCUUUAUUCACGACUUUUCCGCCAUUUUUUCUCUGGUAUGAUAUAUACCCCAUUCCGAUGAUUGUUCACGUCACCCUUUCUCCUCAUUUGUUGUUUCAUUUCAUUUUUAUCCUUUCGUUAAUUUCCUUUUUAUAUAUUCUCAUGGUCGCUUUCCUGUGUCACUUCGUGUUCUUAUACUUGUUCUUCUUCUUCCUCUUCUCCUCCUCCUUCUUCUACCCCUCCUCCUCUUCCUCAUUAUUAUUAUUCUACCCCUCCUCCUCCUACCUUUUCUUCUUCUACCCCUUCUCCUCCUUCUUCUUCCCGUCCUCCUCCUUCUUCUUCUUCUACCCCUCCUCCUCCUUCUUCUUCUACCCACCCUCUUCCUUCUACCCCUCCUCCUCUUCCUUCUACUUCUUCUUCUCGCUACCCCUUCUUAUUCUUCUUCUUCUUCUGUUCCACCUCCUCCUCAUUUCACACUUCCUUUUCCUCCCCCCUCCUUUCAUUCUCUUUUUCUUCUUGCUUUUAUCUUACCCAUUGCUCCGUGAGCCAACAAUAUUUCGCUACAGCGUCGACACCUCGAUUAAGAUUAGCUCGGUGAGCCUGUUAUCUCUAACGGGCCAGGAAGGCAGACACCAUAUUUUCCUUUCUUCAUUCUUCUCUUUUUUUUCUCCAAAAUCACCGCCACUACGUCUUCAUUCAUUAUCCUUCAAAAUUUAUUUUCAACCUUUCUUUUAUCUCUUUCUGUUCUCUUGUUCAUUUCUGACCCCACAACCUCACCUCCAACCCCAACCAAAAAAAGAAUUACUUCGUGAUAUCUACAACAGAUCCCGGAUUGUAGGUGGCAGGUGUGUGGGUAGAUUCGACUUGACGAAUAAAGAUCAAUUUCUUUCUUUCUUUCUUGCUUGCUUGCUUUUUACGCGAUCCGCGAUGACCCAUUCUCGCGUUAUCGUUGAACUUUCCGGUUAUGUCUCGGCACUUAUUAUCAAACAGUUGCGUCUUCAUAAUCAUUUGUUUUUUUUUUUUCAUCUCUCUCGUUCGAAACCCUCUUCGUUUUAUUCUUCUUUUGACCUUUGCUAUUAG